CAAUAGGAAGAAAUUUGAUGUUAUUUGAAUUGAAAUUUAAGUUUGUAUUAGGUUUGUGUGCUUUAAAUUUAAAAUGUUGGCGCACCGGAUUGAUGAUACUAAAACUAAAGAUGUACAAGUAAUGGAGAAUGUUACGUUCGAUUCGUUAUUGUUGUCAGAAAAAGUAUUGAAAGGUUUGCAAAAGAAUGGGUUUAAGAAGCCCUCCCCGGUUCAAUUAAAAUCUAUUCCUAUAGGCCGUUGUGGUUUAGAUUUGAUAGUAAAAUCGAAGUCGGGCACUGGAAAAACGUUAGUUUUCUCCAUAAUCGCAUUGGAAUCCCUGAAAUCGAAAAAGAACAAACUCGAAGUUCUUAUUCUAUCUCCAACUAGAGAAAUUGCUGUCCAGUCUCACGAUGUUAUUAAACUUAUUGGCUGUUAUUUUGAAGGUUUAAAAAUAGAGACAUUUAUAGGGGGCUUGUCUAUUACCGACGACAAAGAGAAAUGCCAACAAUGUCACAUAGCUGUGGGAACCCCAGGCCGCAUAAAACAACUCAUUAAAUUAAAAUCAUUAAUAACAGAUUCAGUCCGUUUGUUUGUGUUAGACGAAGCCGAUAAACUAAUGGAGCAAAGUUUCCGCAGUGACAUUAACGAAAUAUACAACAGCUUACCAUCUAAGAAACAAAUCAUAACCACUAGCGCAACUUACCCCAACGAUCUAGAGGAAUUCUUAUCGAAAUAUAUGCUAUCACCUACAAUAAUUAAUGCGGAAAUCGAUAACCCUUUACUUCUCGGUUUAAAACAAUUUGUUGCAUUAACGAAGUUCUCACCGUCUGUACCGCAACAAAUGAAAAUCAAAACCGAGGAACUGGUAAAAAUUAUAUCAAACGUAUCGUUCACCCAGUGCCUCAUAUUCUCCAAUUACCAAACCAGAGCUGAGAGUUUAAGUAACAGUUUAAACCAGAAAGGCUGGGCCUGUACUUACGUCUCUGGGGCGCAAACUCAAACGGAUCGGUUAAAAGCCGUAAAUGAACUUAAAGAGUUCAAAUGCAGGAUCAUGUUAUCUACUGAUCUCACGGCUAGAGGUAUCGAUGCAGCGAAUGUAGAUUUAGUGAUAAACUACGAUAUUCCUGUGGACGCCAUGACUUAUCUUCAUCGUAUGGGAAGAGCCGGGCGGUACGGCUCUACAGGGGUGUGUGUAAGUAUAGCAUCUGAAGGUGUAGAUGUUACGAAUCUCCAAAAAAUUUUGGGUUUUAUCGGAGGAGACUCAUUAUCUAUGCCCGUCUUUCCUGCUUUUAUUGGCAGUAUAACGGAUUUAUUGAAUCUUAAAAUACCUACUGAUCAACACAUUUUCGGCGUGACUGAUAAAACCGAACGCAAAGUGAAUCCACUAACGAAAAAUCAAGAUGAAACUAUAGAAAAUAAAUCUUCAGUUGAAGUAGAUUGUGAUAAAAUAAACGAAGAAAUCGAUCCCUCUUUGAAAUAUAACAUGGAUGUAAAUGAUGUAUUAAAAUUCGUGAGUGAUACUCCUGCAAAGAAAACUGGUACUAAAGAAGAAACAUCUGUUAAUACUGUAUUAACUGAUGUUGAAAUUAAAGAGAAAAACCUCAUUAAAAACAAAGCAUUGUUUGGAGUUUCUAAAAUAUUACACGGUUCGUGUACUAACGACGAUAAGCAAUUGAUAGAAGGUUACUUCAAAGCGCAGGAUCAAGAAGAAAUUGAUGAUGAACUGUCCCAAAAAGAUGCUAAUGAUUUAUUAAAUAUUCUCUCCCAACGUGAUGGGUAUAAGGGACCUACUAAAUCGAAGAUUAACGAAGAGUGCGCGGUAGAUUCCCCAAAAGACUGCGGUUUUGAUGUUCAAAAUUUGUUUAAAUUUGGCUACGAGAAUAUAGUAAAAUCGAGUAACAAAAACUGGCGUGAAUGCCUACCCGACCAAUUUACUAUACCUCUAGAAAAUAUCGAAGAUGAAUUUGAUUGUGAUAAUGCUAGCGAAUAUUCAGAGGAUGAAGAUAAUACGAGUAUAAAUAAAACCACUGAGAAUAUAGAAACUGAGCAUAACUGUUUAGAUGAAGAACAAUACGGAGCAAAGAAAAAAGCCCUGCAAGAUUCAAACGAAUUCGAAAACACCAAUACAACAAAAAAGAAACCUCGAAAAACCAGAAAAUCUACCAAAACCUCCUCAGGAAACGCGUCUUCGGAAGACAACGACAACAAAAAGAAGAAAUCCACCGCGCAAUUCGACCAGUAUCCAGAAAGAGACAUCAUGAAAUGGAUCCCAGUGGAAAGCCCCUCUGUCGCUCCCUCCGAACCUUACCCCGCUCAAAGGGAGAACGAAAGUCCCAUUAACAACUACGAACAGUUCGGUUCGUAUUUCGAAGAAUGUAGUAACAAUUUGUGGCAAAAUGGGCUGAGCUUCGACAGCGCUGAAAGCUUCGAUGAUUGGUAUUAUUACGAAUGGGAGGCCCAGUUGUAUUCCAUACGGAAUUAUGUGCAGCAAAACGUGUACGUCAGCGAAAUGGCCAAGUUUCAAAACUGCCGUAACCAAAAUAAUUAGGUUUUUGUCCUUAUAUUAUAAAAUUACGGUUAGUGUGUAAGUAGUAGUUUUAUUAUGAAAGGUACCAAUGAACGUUGUU